CGAAGGAAAUGACGUUAAAAAGAGUAUCCGAGUCUAUCCAUAAGAAUCCGGAACUUUCCUAGAGAGGGAGACUUUCCCGAGAGCUUCUGGGGAGAUUCGGGGGAGGUGAAAGUAGGGGGCGGGGGAGACCAACCUCUUCUCAAAGGGCGUUCCGGAGAUAGCCGAGAGUUUCCGUUCACAUCCGAAGCAGUCACCGGAAGUUGUCGAACUCCCAGAGAAGGCGCUGUUGAGGCCUACUGCGUGAGGAGGUCCUGGGCUAGCAGGCGCCACCACAUUACAACCGUAGCUAGGCCGGACCAGGGGACGUCCUCCUCCCUUCUCCGCAGCUAUGUCGGACUUCGACGAGUUCGAGCGGCAACUAAAUGAAAACAAACAGGAACGUGAUAAAGAGAAUCGUCAUCGUAAACGCAGCCACAGUCGUUCACGGAGUCGUGACAGGAAACGUCGCAGUCGUAGCCGUGACAGGCGCAACAGAGAUCAGCGCAGUGUUUCACGAGAUCGCAGGAGGCGCAGAUCUCCUCUAAGCCUGUCAGGUCCUCUAAGCCGUUCUCCUCGGCAUGAGAAGAAGAAGAAAAUCCGCAAGUAUUGGGAUGUCCCUCCUCCAGGUUUUGAGCACAUUACACCCAUGCAGUAUAAAGCUAUGCAGGCUGCAGGACAAAUUCCAGCUACAGCCCUACUACCAACCAUGACUCCAGAUGGGCUGGCAGUAACACCUACACCUGUGCCUGUAGUCGGCAGCCAAAUGACGCGACAAGCUCGACGUCUCUAUGUUGGCAAUAUCCCUUUUGGAAUCACUGAGGUAUUUGUUAGCUUGCUCUGUUAUCUCUGCUCAGCAUUGAAACUUUUGGCUGCUGCAACAAGUUUCCGUUCUGUGGAUGAAACUACACAGGCCAUGGCUUUUGAUGGGAUUAUUUUCCAGGGACAGUCACUGAAGAUCAGACGGCCCCAUGAUUAUCAACCACUUCCUGGCAUGUCUGAAAACCCAUCAGUUUAUGUGCCAGGUGUCGUUUCCACAGUGGUCCCAGAUUCUGCUCAUAAACUGUUCAUUGGGGGUCUGCCAAACUAUCUUAAUGAUGAUCAGGUCAAGGAAUUGCUCACUUCCUUUGGACCUCUAAAGGCUUUUAAUCUGGUGAAGGACAGUGCCACUGGCCUGUCCAAAGGUUAUGCCUUCUGUGAAUAUGUGGACAUCAAUGUCACGGACCAGGCCAUCGCGGGGUUGAAUGGCAUGCAGUUGGGUGACAAGAAGCUUUUGGUGCAGAGAGCCAGUGUGGGAGCCAAGAAUGCUACCCUGAGUACAAUAAACCAGACCCCAGUGACCCUGCAAGUACCGGGUCUAAUGAGUUCACAAGUACAGAUGGGCGGUCAUCCAACUGAGGUGCUGUGCCUCAUGAAUAUGGUAUUACCUGAGGAGCUCCUGGAUGAUGAGGAAUAUGAAGAGAUAGUUGAAGAUGUCCGUGAUGAGUGUAGCAAAUACGGUGUUGUCAAAUCCAUUGAAAUCCCCCGGCCUGUUGAUGGAGUUGAGGUGCCUGGCUGUGGAAAGAUAUUUGUGGAGUUCACAUCUGUCUUCGACUGUCAGAAGGCCAUGCAAGGCCUCACUGGACGCAAGUUUGCAAACCGGGUCGUUGUGACCAAGUACUGCGAUCCUGACUCCUAUCAUCGCCGAGACUUCUGGUAGCCCAGCCCUUGGAACAGCCUUGAGGAGAUUUUGUGGAGGCAGGAGCAACUUGCUGGCCAGAGAGGCUCCUAUAGCAGCGUCGCCUGUUUAUACUUUAUGGCCAAAAUCUGUAUUUCCCCUUCCCCUUUCCAUUUAUCCUCCCAGUUCCUUCCUUUUCUAAACCUACCAUCAGCCCCCCCC